GAAGCAGCAUAUGCGGUGUAUAUACCGGCCGCUAAAACAAAUCGAUCUGAGGGUCAACGGACAGUAAAGCUGGCAAAUACUGCAACAAAAGUCCUGAUGGAUUCCUUGAACUCUAUAAAACAGUAUUACAGACGUGUACGAGGAACGACGAUCUUGUUCUACUCUUUUCUCGUCUUAGCAGGCGUUCGCAGUUGCAUUGGCCACAGAGUUGACUUAUCUUGUUCGAGCUUUCAACAAUUUCUUCAAACUCCACGUGGCUUGGGAGCGUUCUUGAAAAAAGCUGAUGGAUCUGAAGAUAUCACUUUCUGCAAUGAAAAAGGGAACUGCACCUGUAUGGACGGGUGUAGAGAGUACAAGGGCAGAUUGGAACCGGGAUAUAAAUCAGUAAACAUGCGAACCGUCAAGAUGGAAGACGCUGAGCUAGAUUUUAUGUUCUAUUUUGAACGCGACGAUCCACGAAAACAAAAGCUCAGAGAAUGUGUUUUCAAAAUCGAUCCUGUGGUUUGUCCAGGUAAACCAACCAGAACCCUAGAAGUAAUCACAGGAAGGCCUUUACAAGAAAACGAAAGCAACAGGACAAAGCACCCGUCUACCAUCUCGCAUAAUGUCACGCCAGGAACGUUAGAAGUGAAAAGAGGGAUUUUAUUUCUGUGCUUGAUAUUGGCAAUUUUUACUUUUCCUGGAUAGUAGGUUAGGAGAAUGAAUGAACCAGAUUGAUUUCGACUCAGUCUACCGUUAUAUAUAUCCUAUCUAAGGUUCCAUUGAACUGAGACACAGGAUGUGGUUAACGAAUACUCACAACAGAUCAAAGGGUCCACGAAGGAGCCCCUACGUCAUUAGGACAAUGGGGUUCUAGUGUUGACCAAGAUGCUCUAAUAAGAUGGAACUACUGUCCUAAUGAGUAUUUCAUGUUGUUUCGUGUCAUUAUCUUGCGCAGUUUCUUCGCUCUUGAACCAUUACUGACUUGUAGCAAGCCAACUUGGGAAUAUAUAUAACGGCGGCGUAAUUUCUUCCAGUCGGUAUAUUAUAUACAGUAAGAUUUUACGCCAGUAACUAACGGCGUAAUUUCUUCCGGUCGGUAAAUUAUAUACUCCAAGAUUUUACGCCGUUAGUUAACUGCUUAAUAUCUUACAUAUAUAUACACCGACGCACAUAGUGGCGUGAAAUCUUACAGUCUAUAGACUGUGUUAGUCACAUAUUACGCCGUUAUC